AAAAUAAAUACUAAUAAAUGAUAAGUCCCACUCCCAUUUGUAACUAACUAAUCACACACCUUCCCCUGUCGUCAAGCUUCAAACUUCCAACUUACUCUCAGACGAGAACAGAUCCAUUCGACAAAAAAACUUCGCUAAUUACUAAAACGCACACUUAACAGCAACAAACAUUACUUAUUUAAUCAAGUUUUUUCAAGUGGGAAGAAAGAAAGAAUCAAUCUGCGGCAAAUGGAUGUUGACUUGAGCAAGACUGCUGGAAAGCCCAUUCGAUGUAAAGCUGCGGUGGCAAGGGAAGCAGGGGAGCCACUGGUGAUAGAGGAAGUGAUGGUGGCGCCUCCAAAAUCCGGGGAAGUUCGGAUUAAAAUCAUAUGCACUUCACUUUGUUUCAGUGAUGUUACCUACUGGAGACUGAAGGUACCUCCUGCAUGUUUCCCCAGAAUAUUGGGUCAUGAAGCAGUUGGGGUUGUGGAAAGUAUUGGAGAGGAUGUCCACGGGCUAAGCGAAGGAGACACGGUUGUCCCAAUAUUCUUGCCAGAUUGUGCAGAAUGCAUAGACUGCAAAUCCAAAAAGAGUAACAUAUGUUCGAAAUUUCCAUUUAGCGUGGCACCUGGAAUGCACAGGGAUGGGACGUCCAGAUUCACAGAUCUCAAUGGGGAAAUCAUACACCAUUUCAUCAAUGUGUCGAGUUUCAGCGAGUAUACGGUCGUGGAUGUAGCGAAUUUGACCAAGAUUGAUCCUGCAAUUCCGCCAAAUAGGGCCUGCCUUCUUAGCUGUGGAGUGUCGACCGGGAUAGGUGCUGCCUGGAGAUCGGCAGAUGUUGAAGCAGGUUCAACAGUUGCUAUAUUUGGUCUUGGAGCAAUCGGAUUGGCGGUUGCAGAAGGAUCAAGGCUCUGUGGUGCUACAAGAAUCAUUGGAGUAGAUAUAAAUCCCGACAAAUAUGAGAUAGGGAAAAAAUUUGGAGUCACUGAUUUCGUGGACUCAACAACUCUUGGAAAUAAAUCUGUGAGCCAGGUGAUCAAGGAAAUGACUGACGGAGGAGCAGACUAUUGCUUUGAAUGUGUUGGUAUGGCAUCGUUGGUUCAUGAAGCAUUUGCCUGUUGCCGAAAGGGGUGGGGAAAGACAAUUGUGUUAGGAGUGGACAAGCCAGGAUCAGAGCUGACUUUCACCUCAGCUCAGGUACUUCACAGUGGGAAAACAAUCCGAGGAUCUUUAUAUGGAGGGCUUAAACCCAAGACAGACAUCCCAACUCUGGUUCAACGAUAUUUGAACAAGGAACUGGAAUUGGAUAAAUUCGUGACUCAUGAGGUGGGAUUAGAGGACAUUAACAAAGCCUUUGAUCUGCUGCUUGAAGGAAAGAGCCUUCGCUGUGUGAUUUGGAUGGACAAAUGAAUGUACUGUAUUGCCUUUUGAAUAUGUUCAUUACAGAAGAAAUAAACCAAGGCUUUUGUUUUUCUUUAAAUAAGUACAUUCUCUUUGUUCAACUUUGAUCUCGAGAUUGAGAAUUGAUGUUAUUUUCUGUCUAAUUGUCUCCUUAUACAUCGGAAAAUUGUCAACUCCAAUCCUAUCACUGAAUUAGAUGGGCUCUCCAUCCGUUCUUAAUUAUAAAGCACAUAUUUUUGAACUAAAUAGGACAGAAGGGAUUAUGUG